AUGCCCACCGCUUCUGACGACGCUGUCACCUGCAGCUGCCACUCCCCCUCGCCUCCGUCGGGAGAGUACGCACACACGACUGAGUCGUUGGACAUUCUGCUAGAUGCGGAGACGCAAGCACGCUUGCAGCGCCGCAUCCAGCAGGAGAGCUCGACAGAGAUCGUCGAAGAACUCUUUCCGUACUGCUCCGUGUUUGCACCGCCUGGUAUGUUUCCCAUCCAGACAGCACCGGUGCCGCUCUUCAUGGAUGAUGACAACCUCGUCUCCGACAUUCGUGCGUCCUUGUUGAAGGAGCGGCAUGAUGCGGCGGUCGCGGAGGCCGCGAUGGAGGAGGCUGAGUUGGCCGCACUGGAGCUUAAAUGUAUGCUGCUGGAGUCGACGCCAUGA